CGAGGAAGAGGGGAGGCGGCCGCCGCAAUCGGAGUGGGCGCUCGGGUGCUGCGGCGAGAGUCGGCGAGACGCACCGCCGGCGAGGGCUUUGCGGAAGACUUUGUAUGAACACUAAAAUUUGAGGGUAAAGAAGAACAUUAGUUCUCUAAGAUCCCAACUGAAUUGCUGUUCUGUAUAGAACAAUGGAUGAUAAAUGUGAUACCAGACUUUAUGUUGGCAAUCUUGACAAAAGAAUUACAGAGUCCAAUGUGAUAAAGAUGUUCACACCUUUUGGAAAGAUUAUGUCUGAAGAAUUUUUGUGGCAUACUCGUGGUCCAAAGCGAGGAGAACCUCGUGGUUACGUUUUUAUCGAGUAUAGCACCAAAGAGGAAGCUGAACUAGCCAAGGCUAAGAUGGACGGGAGAUUAGCUUGUGGACGACCAUUGGUUGUUCGGCUUGCUAGUGAGAAGUGCUUGUUGGAAACUUCAAACCAACUCAAACCUUCAUGUGAUGGGAAAAAGCCAAGUGCUGCAGGUUGCACAUCAGGAAUGAUGAACAGAAGCGCAAAGAUUGCAGCGAUUAAAAAUAAGUUGAAAUCCUUGGAAGGAGAAGGCGUUGGAAUAAAAAAAUUAAGAGAAACAGACAGCUCUACUUCAACCCACGAGACUGUUUCAUCUGCAAGAAAAUCAUGAAAUUUUUUAUAAGCAGUGUUUGUAUUGCUACUGAACUAUCUGUAGGUACCAGCAACUUCUUUCAAGUUUGUACUUUGUAUUAUGAACAUUAAGGUUGCAGCCUUUGUCCAAGAAAAAAGCAUUUGAGUUGUGGAAAUCCAAAA